GUUUCUCGCUCGAAAGAAAUCUGCUAGUACUUGCUUUUCAGAUAGCGAAUGCGGUGGAUUUUCUUGCUAUUGCCAUUCCUUUACCAUCUUGGGACCUGUCAGAAUCUCAGCGCUUUAUGUGGGUCACCAACCGCACAAGCAACGUGUGGACAGUGCAUAAAACAACAUCCAGACUGUGCAUGGUGCCGGGACCCGCACACCAGCCUCCAAAAUCGAUGCCAACCUCGAUCCGCAUUCAAAACUGAGACUUGCGAUCCCACCUACGUUUACUCGCCCACGACCGAAGUGCGCAUUGGACCCCAGAAUUUGCCGCUUGGAUCGCCUCUAGCCGGGAAGACUACGGUACAGAUCGAGCCCCAGCAAGUUGUACUACGAAUGAAGCCAGGCGACACAUUGGAUGUGCAAUAUAAGUACGUACACAAGCAACCCGCACCUGGAUACGACGUGAGAGAGUUCAUGGUUCAAACAAGCGAAUUCAAGAAAUUUGGUGUCGACAUGAAGUUCUUCGUCAACUGCGACGGAAGAGAAGUGGAAGGAAAGAGAUGUCCAAUGCUGAAGGAAGGACAGAAAGUAAACUUCAAGAUCAAAGUUACUCUCCUCGAAUGUCGCGAUGGUGGUGACGUCGCCAUCUCCGUGGGUGUCUACGGUUACAGAACAGUUUCCGCGCUCUACAUUACUCCUCUCUGUGGAUGCGAGUGUGAAAAACCAGCUCAGCAGGAAAAGAAUUCUCCACUCUGCCAUCAGCAUGGAAACCUCAUCUGUGGGCAGUGCGAGUGUGAAGCAACAAGGGGAGGAGACAAAUGCGAAUGCCCACUGGCAAGCUACGGAGUCAAGAAUGCGAUCGAGUUGGAGGAUCGCUGCAGAGAAAAACCCGGAUCCCCCAUCUGCUCUGGCCAUGGAAUGUGUCGCUGUGGACAGUGUCAGUGCAAUGCGCAAACGAUCACUGGACGAUUCUGCCAAUGCGAUCAUGCGUCCUGUCCAACUGAUGCUAAUGGACGACAGUGCAGCGGCAAUGGAGUUUGCGAGUGCGGAAAAUGCAGAUGCGAAGACGGUUGGGAAAGAGACGAUUGCUCGUGUAGCACCGACGAUAGCACAUGUAUGGAGAACGGAGUCGAAUGCUCUAACCAUGGGCAUUGCGAGUGCGGACGGUGCGUCUGCGAUGAAGGUUUCAAUGGUGCGCGAUGUGGUGCUGCUGAUGAAAUAGUGACGAUGAGUCCGCCCGAAGAGGAGGAGAUGCCAGAAGAAGAGCCCAAGGAUCCUGUUGGAGCGGCGGAACCCACAACAGUGGAGGAAGACGUUCAGAAUAUGGCAGAGGAUCCAGUGUCACAAGAGGACAACAAUGCAGUCGAAAGCACAGAGAGUGACUACCCAUCAGAGGCGGAAACAGCGGAGGAAUCAAUGACGUCAUCAGCAGUAUUAGUAUCCCUCACCACCAUUGCGCUUGCAUUCGCUUUCAUCUGAAAUUUCUCUUCCGAAAGCGAUUAUUGUUAAAAUUAUUGUAGUUUUCGAACUUUUAGUUCCUGCGGUUUGUGCUAAUGCUAACACUCUUUAAACUACUUAGAGAGAGCAUAAUUAUGCAUUAGCUUUGAUAGCCCAGCAGUGCGGUUGAAAUGAGUGCCUUUUGUAUUAUCAACUGUUAUACCUCGCAAAUCCACAGUUGAUCCAGCGAUUUCACGGUUUGCGUCACUUUAAUAUUCGAUAUUCUGCACCAAAUUUCAUAAAGCAGAAGGUCGGUCACGUGUUUGUUGUGUGGAUGGCCACGUGUGUCCUAUAUGAGUAACGCGAGAAGAUCCGUAUUCUUAUGUAUGUAGCCAUUAAGCAUUUGGCGAUUUCUCAGUAUUUUGAUUUGUAUGUAUGCCCUCAUUAGAGCCGUUGUCAUCUUCAUAUUUUUUUGUAUAUAACUAUUUUCUCAUGUAACAAAUGAAUGUCCAUAAACACAGGCAAAGAUUUGUUGAGCAUGGUUUAGAUGUGUU